UAAAGACAUUGCGUAGUGGUUUUAUUCAGAGGUGGAUUAGWAAAUAAGGCUGACAUCACGAUAAAGAGUUAGCUGGGAAAACGAGCCAUGAAGAUCAUCGUAUUCAUCAGUUUUUGCCUUGYUUUWGCKGCAGUUCUUACUGAAGCAAAGGGCCCAGGAAGAAGGCCAAGGCCAAGGCCAUCCCGUCCUCCGCUUCAUAUUGGGUGGAGACAUGUCAAUGGAUCAUGUAUUUGCCGAGGGCCUAACCCAAUGGGACACAACAGGCCCACAGGAAGUCAUGGACCCAUGGGGCACCAUGGACAUCAUGGCACUGGCCCAAGGCCUACAGGACACCAUGGACACCAUGGCCCAAGGCCUACAGGACACCAUGGACAUCAUGGCCCAAGGCCUACAGGACACCAUGGACACCAUGGCCCUAGACCAUCUGGGCACCAUGGACAUCAUGGCCACAGACCUAGCCAUGCUCCAUUCAGUAGCUGUAAUUGCCAGAAAUCAGAGAGGACAGUGCAUAUCAUGAUGAGAAUGAAAAAGAAGUUUAGUAAUGAUCUACUUGACUGCAAAUCAAGGGCCUACAGAAGAAUGUCCCUAUACAUCCUCAAAAAGCUGAAACAGGUUUUGAAGAUGGCCAAUAGGUUCACUAAAAUGAAGUUCUCUCACGGAAGUGUCAUCGUGGAGGUUGGUGCUGUCUAUGAUGUGUCUCAAAAAAAAGAGGACCCAGAAAAAGCUCUGAGGGAAGCCAUCAAAAGUGGGGACAUGAAAGACAUGGGCAUCUACCCAGAGUCCUUGAAUGUGCAUGACAGCUAUUCUGGGGUUGCACUGAGUGGGUGGACGGCAUCUGAAAGUGAAUGUAGGAGAUGUAAACAUCAUGAUCGUCAUCACCGCAGGCGUCAUCAUCAUGGCCAUCAUAAAGAAGAUAAAAAGCAUGAUGAUGAUGAUGAGAAGAAACAUGGCCAUGACAAAGAUGAGCGCAAGCAUGAUGAUGGUGAACAUCAUGAACACAUGGUYUUCCAGACACGUACCUGUACAGAGAUCGACGCAUCUUGUGAUGGAAUACCACUGUCCAGAAAUGCAUCUUGUGAUGAAGCUUGCAGUCCUCGGAUGUCUAACUGCUGGGGAGGUUGGGCCAGAAGACACAAAUACRUUGUGAUUUCUUGUGUGGCUGCCGUCUUGAUUUUGGUGAUUGUGAUUAUUGUGACCCUUGUUAGGGUGAAAAAGUCACGCAAGAAGUACAUAAAAACAAGUCCAUCAUCUAGCUCCAUCAAGGAGUUGGCAAAGAACGAUGAGCUUGAAGAGCAGCAGGCAGAACCAUUGCCUUCCAAGUGUUAAGCCACAUGUACUUCACAUGUAGACAUUUUCCAUGACUUUUUAGCAAUUAAUAUUCACASUAAUAGCAUAGUGUCUGUGCAAAUAGUUUGUAUACAUGCACCCUUUUAAUAAGUCCCGAGGUAUCGAGUUCUCCGCAAUUGACGUCGAAUUUAUUCUUUUGAAAUUUUUACAAUACAAAAGGAAUUCAAAAGAAUAAAUUUGACGUCAAGUGCGGAGAACACAAUACCUCGGGACUUAUUAAAAGGGUGUAUAAUAUAGCCUGCUUUUCAGACCAAUGAAGAUAGUCAAGGUUUCUUAGUUUCUGUUUCCGCAAAAAGUAGUUUCUCGACUGGCUGUUCCUAGAAGACUGCAAGUCAAAUACUUACGCGCAAACUUUUGCAGAACAUUAAACAGUAGAUAGCAAUCGUAUCCAUCACGUUAGCAUGUUUUUUUGCCUGACAUUCACUAUAUAUUAUGAUAACCGCAAGCCAGCAGUGUCAAUGCUUUAGGAGCCAUGGUGCGUUGUAAAAAACUAAAAUGAAAGUCAGUGAUGUGCUGGCUGUCAUUAGAUCAGUUUUUUCUUUCUUUCUCCCAUUUUCCCAGUUUUCAUCCCUUUAACUCUUUUCUAUGCAAUUCUUAUGAAUAUUUGAGUUACCGUUAAGAGUUUUCUUGGCUCAUCAAAAAGACGUGAGUAGUGGUUCAGGACAGACAGGGCUUGUAUAUAGCUAGCACUAUAACACUAUUUCAUUAUUGUUUUUCUGCAUAGUUUAUAUCUUGAUUGUGAUCAUUGUUGUUGCGUAUAAUAAUUGAUCAGUGUUGUGAAUAUUCUAUACUUUGAGUGAAUGAACAUGUAGAAAAAAACAAAGAUCACUUGAUUAUUUGUCUUUGA